GUUUCGACCAAAAUAACAAAAUAUAAUAUUAGGUCGCAGUGGAGUGGAAAAGCAAAAUCAGAACCGUAGAACAUAAUAUAUUAGAAGCAGUCUGACCCUUCAUUGGUGGUAUUUGCAGGAUCCGUGAUGGAUUUGAAGACUUGAUGGCAAUUAUUGUGACUGAAACCUAAUUUACAGAGUUGUUGUGGAUGAUGAUGAUGGGGCUGCAUAUGGUGGCUCUGGCCAAGCUCCACUUGAGACCCGCCGCGAUUGGGCUGGCAUGCCCACUUCUCCUCAAGUUGCUGAUGGGCUUCCGGAUCUUCCGAGACGACGCGCUUCACCAAUCCAGGCUCUUCCUUUUCCAAUUGGGCCAGAUAGCCUUCAGCAGCGAAGCCCACCUCGCACGAAUGGAACGGGCUCUCAGGUUAAUUUGGAGAACACUCACACCCGCAGCACCCGCACCUGCACCUGCAUCCUCCGCGGAUAACUCCCAAAUCGUACACAGUCUCCACGACCUUUCCAUGCUUUCGCUCUAAAUUACCACUCACUAUUAAUGUUAGUGCUUUUCAAUUACUUCAUCCUUCUUCUUUUCUUCUCUGUUAAUGUCCUUAAAUCAUUUUAAUUAGCUAAGAUUCCAAACAUGAAUUGGGAUUCAACAAUUUUCAUCUUUUUUUUUUUUUCUUUCUAUUAUCUUUUUUCUUUUUCCUUUUUUACUUGUAAGACUUGCCAUCAGACUUUGAUCUAUGUAUAGUAUCUAUAAAUUUGUAUUUUCACCUACAACGAAGGUCUCCUUCAUCAA